GAGGACUAUUUUUCCUCGACACCACCAGCUCGUGUGUUUCCUGUCAUCUCAACGGUCAUUUAUCACUUCCGCUGCCGUAACUGCGACACGAUACGUCACCAGCAAUGGCGGACAAGGAGAAGCGCCGGUCGGGGGCAACUCCGCCAGGGAUGCCCGAGGGCAAAGCCACCAAAUCGGACAGCGACAGAGAGUUUCUGACGCAGGCCGGGGUUGGGGAGCUGCUCCGCGGGGCUAUCCUGAAGAUGGUGGAGGCCAGAUCGGACGAUCCCAUCGGGUUCCUUGCAGACCACUUCUGCAACCUGGCGUCCGUGUCAGAGACCGGCACAGCUGGAUGUAGCGAUGGGGAUCAGCUUAGCAACGGCCUGGUGAGCGCAGGUGCGCAGGAGCAGCAGCAUCUUAACCGGGCACUGUGGCACCUGAGGCUGGCACACCACUCCCAGAGGUCUGAUAUCUAAUUUCUCCCAUAUAUACCACAGGAUUAGGGUUGCAAAAUUCCGGUAAUUUUUAAAGUUGGAAACUUUCCAUAACGGGAAUAAAUCUGAAAUUUACAAAAUUGAAGGUUGGCCCUCAACAGGGAACUUAAAUAUAGUUGGGGAAGAUAAGUUGUAGCAUAAUCUUGGCUAAAACAACCAGAUUUAAUGCAAGUGCACUCCUUAAUCACAUGCACACAGCACACUGCUUACUGCAGGGGUAUUUAGGCUACACCCCCUACAUCACAGGUGUCAAACUCAAGGCCCGGGGGCCAAAUCUGGCCCAUGGAAAAAUUAUAUGUGGUCCACAAGAUCAUCUCAUAUUUGUAUUAAUACUGUCUCACCAGUAUGAAGUUUGCAGAUUUCCUCCAGUAUAAUAAUGUAAACUUUAGCACCAUUAUUUAAAAUGUCCUUAAUAAGCCACGAAAAUCUGGGAAAUUAAACAGUAAGGAAGAUUUUGAUAAAUAGUCAAAAAUGUGGGCGAAAAAAUAUGCCAUUUUUUCUCACAUGGUGCUUUUUUUCACCCAGAUCUGCUUUUAGCAACAAUGUCCGUGUGGCCUAUGACCUUUUGAACCUCACCACACCCCUAAGAAGAUCCAGUGAGGUUGUGGAGGGCCCUGACAGCUCCAUCGCUGACAGUCCCACAGGAGGAGGAGGAGGAGGAGGAGUGAGAGGAGGCCUCUACACACAGACUCUCCAGUGUCUGUGCAGUGAGGGUGGGGUUCCUGCCUCCACCUCUGCCCCUCUCCUCCGUCGCCUCCACUGCCAGGACCACGAGGCUGUCCCUUAUGAUAUCUUCCGUCACGGCGUGCUCACAUGUGCAGUUUUCUCAGACUACAUCCGACAGGCUCAGCGGCUUUACGCCGAAGUGUGCUGUCCAGACGAAGGGCCUGCCUCUCGGGCCUUGUGCCUGGCGGUGCUGGGGACCUUGAGUGAAGCCCUGGAGACUUCCCAAGGCUGUGAUGCAAACUGUUCCCCUAAUGCAAACACAAAAACCGCAUCCUGUUCAGAGGCUAACAUGAAGGCUAUACGCUACCUUGAGGCCAGUGCCAAGAUGUCUCCUUAUAAGCUCGCUCAGGCUAUGGCUGGAGCCCAAUCACGGGGCCCAGGGGGUGAUAUGGACGCUAAAGAGUUUGAAAAUGCAGCUGCAGAACUUUUUAUCACCAGGGUGAAAGUCGUGUCUUAGGUGUCUAACACUUGAAGAAUGGGCAACAUUUCCAAGUAUAUCUAAGUGUAAAAAGUGACCUGUGUACCUUUCCUAACCUCAACACAUCCACAUGGCAAUGUUUUUCUUCAUUCCUACUAAGCCCAGAUUGUCUUGUGAUGUUGUACUGCCUCAAGAUUGUAAGGCAUCUGACACAUUCAUUAUUUCACCAUUACCCGACUAAUAAACAACUAUAAAAUGCUAUGACUAUUGACAUCAAAAGAAA